GCGAGUACUUGGGAGCUCAAACUCAAAACCCAAAACCCAAAACCCAAAACUUCUUUUGAUCUCUCUUUCUCUAGAUAUUCUAAAGGAAACCCAAAAUCUGAAAGUUCUCUGUUUGUCUUUGAAAUCGUUGAAAUGGGGUGUUUUUCUGCUUGUUUCUCUUUGAAUUCUACUCAAGCAGCUAAGCUUCUAGACAGUGAUGGAGGUCUGAUCGAAAAGGUUAGGCUUCCGGUGAAAGCGGCGGAGCUGAUGCUGGAGAGGCCUGGCUAUGUCAUCUCUUCGGUUGACGUGCUCCGGCGGACUCGCCGGAUUUCGGCCUUGAAAGCCGAUGAUGAGCUUGUGGGUGGUAAAAUAUAUGUGCUGGUGGCUUUAGGGAGAAUUGGGUCCAAAGUUUCAGUGGUGGAAUUGGAGAAUUUGGAGUUGGGCUGCAAGAAUAAAGGGAAGAAGAUUGGCUCGAAGGUGCUGCCCGCGGCGGCGGCGGAGGAAGGAAAGAAAGAGGAUAUCGGAAGUGGAAUUAGUGGUUCUGAUCAAUUGAGUUGUGGUCGUGGGAAUUAUAAGCGAUGGAAUCCCAAUUUGGAAUCGAUUUCUGAGGACUUUUGCCAUUCUUUUAGAGAGAAACAUUAGAAGAUUUAGGUGUUUGGCUAAUUUUAUAGAACACAGUCUAGAUGAAUUGUAUCAUAAAAUUUAUGGGAAUAUACUUUCAUUCUCGAAAAGUUCGCUUUUUUCCCCUUCUUUUGGGACCGUGACAAUUUCUCAUCCUUUUGUAUGAGCAAAUUAUCGAUUCAAUGUGAAAUACUUCUAGACACAGAGAAAUUGAGC